AUGGGUAUUUCUAGAGAUUCACGUCACAAAAGAUCAGCUACUGGUGCCAAAAGAGCUCAAUUCAGAAAGAAGAGAAAGUUCGAAUUAGGUAGACAAGCUGCCAACACCAAGAUUGGUCCAAAAAGAAUCCACUCUGUUAGAACUAGAGGUGGUAACCAAAAAUUCAGAGCUUUGAGAAUUGAAACUGGUAACUUCUCUUGGGGUUCUGAAGGUAUUUCCAGAAAAACCAGAAUUGCUGGUGUCGUCUACCAUCCAUCUAAUAACGAAUUGGUUAGAACCAACACUUUAACCAAAUCCGCUGUUGUUCAAAUUGAUGCCACUCCAUUCAGACAAUGGUACGAAAACCACUACGGUGCUACUUUGGGUAAAAAGAAGACUGCUCACGCUGCUGAAGUUGCCGAUGCUAAGAGAUCUAGAAAAGUCGAAAGAAAAUUGGCUGCUAGAUCCGGUGCUGCUGCCAUUGAAUCUGCUGUUGACUCUCAAUUCGGUUCUGGUAGAUUAUACGCUGUUAUCUCUUCUAGACCAGGUCAAUCUGGUAGAUGUGAUGGUUACAUCUUGGAAGGUGAAGAAUUAGCCUUCUACUUGAGAAGAUUAACUGCUAAAAAAUAA